CUGAACUUUGACUUGGAGAGAGGCAAGGUGAACUAAAUUGGUGGUCCAAACAGUUUUUGUAGGUAGGCUAUGGGUCUAUGUCUGAAUUAUAACAUGUAUUCUUAUGUUUCUAAAUAGUAUAUCUUCUUCAAAUGCAUCUUUCCUUUUCAAUAUUUGCAGACUCUUCAAGCGGUAGUUUUAUAUUUUUACCUGCUUUCUUAUCAAACACCUGUCUCACAUAGUGCUAUGCAAAUACAUUUUAAGUCAGUCCCAAAAGCUUUUUCUCCGGAAGAUGGUGGCCUUCAGCGGGCUCUGCCGAAGUCUCUCUCGGCUGGCGAAGAGAACUGCUCAGUACAAGUUUGGGAAACUGAACACCUACAACGAUACCUGUCCACCAACUCAAAUAAAGAGCCAGGCAGUGUCAGAUGGCGAGCUGAACAUGUCUGGUCGUGGCUGUGGGGGCAGUUGUAGCAGUCUGCCAGAGGCCCAAGGGGGAGAUGCCCCGGCCAGCAGUGUCGUCAGCUGGGCUGUGUCCUUCGAGACGCUAUUGGAAGACCCCAUGGGAGUAUGCUACUUCAAGGCCUUCCUGAGGUCAGAGGUGAGUGCGGAGAAUAUCCUGUUCUAUCAGGCCUGCGAGAAGUUCCGGGAGAUUCCACCCACCCGGGUGAAAGAGUUAAGUGAGGAGGCUCAUGCCAUCUUCCAGACAUACCUGUCUGACCACGCUCCCUACGCUGUGAACAUUGACGACACUGCUCGCGUGGAGGAGAAGGACCUGCUGAAGCCUACAGCUGAAAUGUUUGACAAGGCCCAGAAACAGAUUUUAAAGUUGAUGAAGAUGGACAGCUACAGGCGCUUCGUCCGCUCCCCUCUUUACCAAAAGUGUACCCUGGCCAGUGUGGAGGGCAGGCCACUACCCAACAUCCCCGCUGAACCUACCAGCACAGGAUCAUGGGAGAACAUGGCCACCUUUAGCCGCUCCCUCAAUGACAACAAGAAGCUUGUAACCUGUGUUCAGCAGAGGGAUAAGCAGCGGGAGAAGAGGGGAUCAUGGGGAGUAGACUUGUCAUACACUAAGGUGAAUGUGUCUCGUAAGGACUAUCGGAUGUCCAACAGCAGUGUAGAGAAUGGUCGCUCUGGUCCCUCAGACCAGGGGCAGGGUGAUGGUUGCGGUUGUGUGGAGGGAGGUUACUGCUGUGUCUACCUGCCUGAUGGCAGUGCAUCCCUGGCCCCCAUACGGCCCGGCCUCCCCCUCAGAGAAAUGCUGUCUGGCCUCUGUGAGAAGAGAGGCUUCCCCCUCAAAGACAUCAUUAUCUACCUCCAUGGAAAGGACAGGAAGCCCUUAUCUCUGGAGCAGGACUGUUCAAUACUGAGGCACCAGCAAGUCUCCCUGGAGCUGAGGGUGACGUUUGCGUUGGAGGUGGUGUUCACUGGUAAGACAGUGGGCAUCAUGGUGAAGUCCAGUAAGACUCUGCAGGAUGCCCUGUCUGCGGUACUACAGAAACACCAACUCGCAUCACACCAGGCCCGGGUCACCAUGAGUGGGAGUGAUGUGCCACUGAGCAUGAGCACUAGUGUGUUCAAACUGGCCAAUAAGAAGCUGCAGCUGGACAAAGUUGGCAGUCCCAGGAUCAGUGGCCAAACUCCAGUUGCACAGGAGAGCGGUAGAUCUCCAGCAGGCCCAGAGGUCCAUGUGUCUCCUCAGGCAGACGGAGCCAAGCCCAGGGUCAGGAAAAACCAUGAGAUGGAGGUGAUGAUGGAGCUGUUGUCCAGGGCCCAGGCCUGUAGGGUGGAUGACCAGAGAGGCCUGCUGACCAAGGAACACCUGGAGCUGCCCCAGUUCCUCCUGAAACCACCUGUCCAUGACCAGGAGACUCAACAGGGGGAGGCUGGAGAGGUGACAGGGGGAUGGAGCACCCACAGACACUGAGGAGUCGGAGAACCAUCCCAACUCCACUCCCACCCCUAUUGGAGUCUGUCACUCAUCAGGUUCCAAACGCACAGGCUCACAGGAAAUGUGUGGAAUCCCUUCCAGGUGGGCUGGACCUGGACACAGUCUAGGAGGGCCCAGAAGGUUCUGAGACGCACUUGUCCUCCACAGAGGAGCUGAAGUGACGACGGCUUGGCCCUGCAGGAAUAUCGGGCCAUGAGCCUUCCAUCUGCUCAUUAUUUAUGCAUACCGUCACUUGCCUUUCCACAUUUACUUUAAAGCAAACACUGAGUUGGUGAGUAAUUAGAGAAACACACAGGGGUACCUAUGAUGGUUCUGUACUUACCAAACUGAAUGUGUAUUCUUCACAAUAAAGCUAUUCUGUUGA